UGAGCGAUGGAGACAUUUUAAAAAAAAACAUACAGCUAACUGCUAAACAGGGCUCGCGGAGCUGCGAGUCUUCUGCGUCAAAACACAUUCAAAUUCUUCCAAGUUGUAAAUAAGUCAAGUGCAUUCAGCGGUGCACAGUUUACAUAUCACAUAUCAGAGAGGUUGCACGUUACUGAAGAUGUCGAGUGUGACACUUGGAAAAGAAGAAUAUAAGUAACUCUGCGCAGGUGAGGUCCUGUCCAGGGACAUUGGUCCAUGCUUGUUGGACCUUUGGCCGCUGGGCUCAACUAGCAUGAAGAUGGCUGACUCAGAAAAGGCAGAAGAAUUUGUAGAUGCUGAGUGCCCCUCAGAGUGCCUUGAUGAAGCUCAAUCAGCCACAGCUUCUGUUCAAGCAGAGCAGGAUGAGCAUCUGAAAACAGAAACCACUACCAGUACCAGUUCGCCCCCAAGGGAAAAGGAGGCGGACAGCCCCUUGAAUACAGAAGGUGAGCAGAGUCUCCUGUCCAUGCCAUGCUUGAUGAAGGAGCUUCGCAGAGACUCACCAGAGUCUCAGCAUGCCUCAACAGGAAGUGACAAACCCGUGUCUCGUCAUAUCUACGAGAGUGACUCCUCGAACCCCUGCAUGCUCUCGCCUUCAUCCAGUGGCCACCUGGCUGACUCUGAUACACUCUCCUCGGGGGAAGAAGGUGCUGCUCCUCCCAUAGGAGAAGAGGAAGAGGGCAGCAUGGAAGCUACAGGUGAUCCUGGGCAGGCAGGAGGAAUGCAAGCAUCUGCCACAGUUGCAGGGGGAAGGAAGUCUCGACGGUCACGUUCAGAGAGUGAGGUGCCUCCAAAUACAAUGGCUGCAAAGAAGAACCGCUGCCAGCCCACCAUGAUAGCAGCCGCAGGAGGCCAGGAAAAACAAACCAAUGGCAAGUUUUCAAAAGUGAAAGGUCACCGCAGUCAGAAACACAAGGAGCGAAUGCGCCUGCUGAGGCAAAAACGAGAGGCAGCAGCACGGAAGAAGUACAACCUGCUACAGGACAGCAGUACAAGUGACAGCGAGCUCACUUGUGACUCCAGCACCAGCUCCUCCGAGGAUGAGGAUGAUGACACCUCAGGGGGUAGCAAGACAAUCAAGACAGAUAUUCCAGACGGGCCUCCAGUAGUGGGUCACUAUGAUAUUUCAGACACUGAUUCUAACCACGAGAGUAUGAAUGUGGAGGCAGUCCGGCCCACGGUGAUAAAGCAUGAGCUAAAAACACACAGAGGCCAGGAUAUGGCAGCUCACUCUGGGUGUAUAAGAGCUCUGAGCUCUACCUCAGGCCACAUGGAGGCAGAGCUGUCGCACAAGGAGAGCUCUCAGCACAAGGGCCAGAUUAACAUUGUUUCCUCUGACAGUGAGGUGGAAAUAGUCGGAGUGCAAGAAAAAGCACGAUGCGCCCAUCCUUGCGGGGGGGUCAUAAAGAGUUUGUCCUCCUGGAAAGAGAACUCAGGGGAGCAGUUAAACAGCACAAAUCAAUCACAGCUCUGGACUACUGUUUCCCCUCAGCCCAACUGGGUGUCCCCUCCUGAAGUGGUGGACCUCACGCUGGACGAGGACGGCGGACACAAAUACCUACUUUAAUAAAAAAAAAAAAAAAAACCCAACGUAUACACUGAAGACUUUUUUUUCCCUACACACCUCUUCCUCCCAACUGCUCCUCAUCCAUCUUGCCUGUCCUCCACGUUAAAGCUAAACUGAAUCCUUUCUAGAGUUGUGGCCUCGCCUGUAACCGCUUGUGGGCUCUUCCUGCUCCAAAGCACUCUUUUUUGUUUUUAACUUUACUGUUGAACAAUCAUGUAUCAAAGCCAUUCAACUGGUGUGAUUCCCUGAACCUUUGCUUGUCAGCUAUGAAUUUUAGCUGCAUCUAAAUGGCACAGCACCUCAAGUGAAGGUGGAAAUGUACAAGAAUGAUUUAUCUGGUAAUGAUAGCAAUAUCUUCCCUUCAUUUAAUACCUCAGUUACCCUUCAAUACCAGAUAUAGGCAGUGUGUCAUGUGCUUGCAAGCUGUAUAGUGAACAUUUCAAGUUGCUGCUUUAGAGCAGGUCAGUAUCAUGAGAUGGCUGUGAACCUGCUUCACUACAGACUUUGAAUGAAAUGUUUUCAGAAUUGAUUUGGCUUUUUUUUUUUAAAUCUGCAGCCACCUGAGGUCAGAACAGAAUGGCAGCUUGUACACUUUCUGUUGUACAGUAGUAGACCAUAGAUAAAUGACAAAGUUUACUUUGUAUCUGUCAAGGGUAAUUUUCUAUUUUUUUCCCCCCCAUUUUCAAAGGUCUUGCCACUGGACUUGCAUUUAGAUCCGUCUGCCUUUAUAGAUUGUUUUACUAUACGGUGUACAACCCAUGCUCUGAUGCUGUCAGUGAGUGCUUUGCUUCAUUUGAAAAGAAGUAUCGGAUAUUUAGGGAAACUUUCACUAUUUUUAGAGAGUUAGAUGAGAAGACUGGUAACAGAAAUCUAUUUUAAAAAAUAAAGCAGUUUAGAGCUAGGUGGAUGUGGUUCUUGAGGUAGAGUGGUAAAUGGACUGUAUUUAUCGCUCUUUUCCCUUCACCCACAUUCAUACAAGCACUUUUUUUCUGUCCAUGCCUAAGCACUCGCACAUGCAUGCAUUAAUGGGAACUCAGGGUUCAAUAUCUUGCCCAAGGAUCCUUCGACAUGAAGAAGAGCCAGGGAUUGGAUCACUGAUCUUCCAAUCAGUAGAAGACCUUUAAUCUUCAGAGCCACACAGAGAGUGAGGCAUCCCAUAAUUGGAGAGUCGGGUUUUUUGAUUUCCUAGCUCCAUCUAGCCACAUGUCAAAAGGGUCAAAAUUUUGAACUCCAGAAUCUUCCCAUUAAUGUGUAAUCUGCAUCUGACUGUUUGUGUGAUAGUGCUGGAUGCAUGUUUGUGUGAUGGGUGUUUUAGGUGGGUGACAAAACAUAAAAACUAAGACUGCAGUCCAUUUAUAUUCGCUCGACAGAAAUCAGGGAAACACUCUCUCCAAGAGCCACAUACUAGUUCCUUUGCAUUUACUAGUUAACACAUGGUAUAUCAGUAUGAGUAGUUAAAAAAUAAAAGAAAAUUUUUUUUACAUGCUGUAGUGUGAAACCCCGGACACUGCGUACACAUUGGUCUUUGACUGACGAGUCAUUAACAUUUAUCCUCCAUUUAUACUCCUUAUGUAAACCAUAAAUUACAAAAUGAGCUUCAUGUUUCAUUCUGUAUGACCUGAAACUAGUGAUGGAGCCCAUGAAGUCAUCAGGGAAGUGUUCAGUGAGAUUACAGAGCAAGCAGGUUAACGGCUGUUUUCCGAUAGGCUCGCGCACAACCAGAAGUCUUUUUGCAGCCAGAGGAGUCACCUGCUGCCGGCUGUUAAAAAGAAUACAGGUUUAAGACACUUGGGAGUUGGUUUCUCCACCUUUAGUAUGGUCAGAAAUAAAUAGGUCAAGUAGAUGGACACGAGCAUGCUUGCAGUUUCCUUGGUCUCUAUUCUUUCUACAUAGCUAACUGGCCGCUAGCUUCACACAGUCAGGUUAUCGAUCUUCUCAUCUAAUGUUUACUCAUCACCAGAAUGCCAAUAAACAUUUCUGAAGAAGUCACUUCAUUUAAAAUUUCAGUUUUUGUUUGUUGCCACUAUAAUACAGGAACAAUAAAACUUUUUAUUUUUGGUUAGGGGUGUCUUGUUUUUUGGGCCCUCCACAAGAAUUCAAGUUUGUCAUGUGACACCUGGGGGAAAUUAAUUGCACACCUGUGAUUUGAAGCCUGGGAAGAAAAUAAGCAAAAAAAAAAAAAAAAAGUCCAAGCUACAAAACACUACGACAGUGCUGUUUUUGUUUUCAAAGAUGCAUUGGAAGCCACACUUUUGUUACAGUGUUUGAGUGUCCAAGGGCGACUUUAAUUAUCAGUGAAUGUAUGUCCUUGCCGUGCUGGCUGGUUGUACUUAUUGUUUGCAUGCUUACCUUGAAUGGAUGCAAACUCCUUUAAAUCUCUGGGGACCCCUUUAUAAUAACUGAGGAACUGUAUCUUCCAAUGAAUACUGCAAAGCAAGAUGGCCUGAAUGCCUUGAAAUGUGCACUAUUUCCUUUUAGAAAGGUUUAAAGCUUAUUCUUUUACCUUACAAAGCAGCGGAUUUUGCUAUCGCAACAAUAAAUAUUUUAAUAAUAGAUGUUAAUUUCACAAACACACAUAUAUCUAUACAUAUAUAUCUAUAGAAAAAGAGUAAAAGUGAUGUUGAGUUUAUGCCCAAUGUGUGAGUUAUGGGGCAUUUAUAGAUGAGAUGAUUAUUGUAUAAACUGUUUUCUGUUUUUGUUUUUCAACCCUGAUCCUCAGGGCCUGCUUGCUCUCUUUCCUGCUGUCUUCUUUUGUCUUCAUGCAGUACUGCAGCCACGCUGGCUAAAAAAAAUGUAAUCAAUAGCUUUACAGGCUAUUUUAACACAUUUCUUGUAAUUGCAUAUUUAAUAACAUACACUUUCCUAAGUGACGCUUGAUAAUUAUAGAUUUAUUUUAACUUCUGCUGGUCACAGAAAGAUAAAAUUUGAACGAUCUAAACCAAAGUCUAUAUGGAGCUUAUGUUCUCAGUUUAUUUCCCAAUUUAUUCUUAGAAAUUUACUAUGUGAAUCUGAAUCUCUUCAUUUGGAAGUCAGUGAAUUUGCUGUGAAAAGAUCGAAUAUAGUUACAAAUUGAAUAUAUUGUUGAAUAUAUAUUUGGUUUUACUUGGCCAGUUUUUUCUGUUAUAUACAUCUACCACUGUAAGAACUCUGUACCACAACACUUCAGCUUGCAAAAACCAUUUUGCUGUUUUUCUGUGGGACUAUUAUGAAAUGCUAGCAAGGCAUCACUUGUGUCUUUAGUGAUAUAAGUGUGGUAGAAACCACGGCAGUGAUGCUGGUUGCACAUAACAUGUUUGGUGGCAUCUUUCAUCCUCAUCUCCGAUGUUAUCGUGAUUGCCGGUAUUUCAGCCUCACUCUUCUGUUUUUGCUCCGUUUUGCUGUCAGUAUUUUAACUUAACAGAAGUGUUUAUUUUGUUGCUUCUGCAAGUCCCUGACUUCCUUGAAAUUAUGUCUGUAGAACAAAAAGAAACUAUUUUAAAACUAAAUAAACGGACCGUUAUUUAA